UGAGAAUGGCAAAAUGUUCACUGUCACUUUGUUUAUUUUUGUGUUCUAUACGGUUUUCAUUGAUGCUUCCAAAACUGAUGUGAAUUUCCAAAAAAGUUAUAAAAAUGGAUGGAUACCAAUUUCUCGAGACGAAGUGCUGAAAAGAAAUUUCGGAUAUGAGUCAAUGUCUGCAGCCUCAAAUUCAGAACAAAUUAUGCAUAUAUUGAGAGACAGUGCAAUUAAAGUGGUUACUGCUGAUGAUUAUACAAAACCGAUAAACGUCGCACCAGAUAACGAAGCAUUUAUUGAUACACCAGGGAAAAUAAAAAAAUGCAGUACAGAAAUUUGUCUUUCAGUCACUCCAAAAGGAAAAACCAACGUUGAUAACUCUCCAGAAUAUGAAAAUAUUUUGAAAACUAUUCACGGCGACAAUAUUCGUAGACCUAAAGCAAUCACAACUGACUCUGUAUCUCAAAAUAAUGAUAAAGAGAAACAAAUCAUAAAAGAUUUCAAAAAUUUUAAGCAACAUCAUUUUAAUACGGAAGAUAAAAUGAAUGAGAAUCAUCAAGAGUCUAAAAACUCUUAUGAAGUUAUCGAACAUUCGAAUUAUUUUAAUACCGAUGGCAUUAGAAAAGAAACACAAAAUAUCAGGAACAUAUCUGAAUACUUUUAUCAGCCUCCAAAAUAUAACGAUUCUGUAUUAAAUAAUAAUUUGACUAGUUCUUUCCUUAAUAUUUUAAAUCAAUACAAUAUCAAGCCUGAUGAUCGUUUAACAAAUUACAUUUUAUCUCGUAAGGAAAAAAAUUACAGUCCAAAACAUAAUUAUAGGAUUUUACCAAUUGCAACAAUAAUACCUCGGACUUAUAACAAUCUGAAUCAUUUACCUGUUGAUCCCUUGAUCGCCGUUUUCUUAUCCAAUUAUGGUUACUACUUUCCGAAUUACUAUGGACAACAAAAUAGCUAUCGAAAUUUGUAUGGAUAUUUGGCAUUUAAUAAUAAUCACAAUAAUUUGCCUUUUGGAUUGUACAAAGUAUUUUCCGAUACUGAUUAUUCUAAUUAAAGAUUGUUCAUCAAAAAAUCUUGUUUUCUUUGGAAAGGAUUUAGAAAGAAAAAAUGUCUUAGCAAAUAGACGCUUAUUUUGUAGAUGAUUAUCUUAGCUAUUAUUAUUGUA